UUGGUAAUCAAGUCUGAGUUUUUUGUCAAAAUUCAGYUGAUGAGAUGGAUUAAACAAUACAAGAUGCUAUAGAAAUUCAUACGGUAUAUUAUGGCUUUCCAAUAAUUCACAUACGAAGUGGGCGUAUGAAGAAAUGUGAUGGGGAACCUUGAAUCAGCUGCUAAGGUGAACACCGGUCAGUUGGAUGGAAGUUGUUCACGGGAACUGGACUUGAGCCGAGCUUUGAGCUACGAAGAGUAUCAGAAACACAUGAAGGAUGAUGACCCAGAUGCACUACAUGAGRUUCCUCAUGAUCUCGGCGACAUAUAUACUACAUCAUUUUAUGAAAGAAUUAACUUCUCUUGCAACUGUAUUUCAACAAUUCCAUAUGAAUUGCCAACAUAUUUGCCUCACCUUGUCCACAUCGACUUAAGCUACAAUAGAGUUUCUUCACUACCUGAUUCCUUUGGUUAUUUGUUUCAUUUGAGAACUCUUCUAAUUAAUAAUAACMGACUGCAGGAUUUGCCAACCACCUUCCAUCUACUAUUAAGGCUAGAAAAAGUGGAUUUAUCACACAACAAACUUUCAAAUUUACCAGAGGAUAUAGCRCUUAUGGAUAACCUUCAAUCUAUUAAUGUUAGUUAUAACGAGCUUGAAAGUCUUCCUACUUCGUUAGGGAAAUCAAAAAAUCUUUCUCUUAUCCUUGCACUUUUYAACAAAUGCACAAAUCCACCACAAAAAAUAUGUAAUCAAGGUUCAGAUGCYAUCCUUGCYUACUUUCGAAAAGAAAAUCCAAAAAACCCUCAAAGAAACACUGUUACAAAGAAUGUGUUUCCGCGCGUACGUGGUGAUGUUUUACUAUCAGCACACAGUAAUCCUGAUACUGCUAGAGUACAGUAYGUACAGGCACAAACCAAUAUCAAUGCAACAAGCAGAACUAAAACGCCGCUACGACCACCUGCUGAUGGUACAMGUUUACCACCAGAUGAACUUGUGGACAAAAUUGUUGGCUGCAUCUAUGGAGCAGCUGUAGGUGAUGCUAUUGGACUUUGCACAGAAUUCCUUUUGCAAGAUGAAUGCCGRUUUCAUUAUCAAACAGAGGGAAUAAGUUUUGACCAUAUGAUUAUGGAUAGACAUAGAUCAAAGUGGCAGAAGGGAGAUUGGACAGACACCUUUGACCAAUCUGUCUUGUUACUUGAGUCUGUUCUACAUUGGGCUGGUGUUGURGAUGAGCUGGAGUUUGCUAAAGUUCUUCUUAAUUGGUGCAAGCAUGGUUUUCCUGAACUUGGAGACCAUCUUGGCAGAGGAGUCAGAGGAGUGUUGGCSAAGGUUGUAUGUGAACCAGAUUUCAUCAAAGAUCCCCAUGGUACAGCAAGAAAAGUAUGGGAAGACUUUGAAUCACCUUCAAAUGGUGCAAUAAUGAGGACUUCUAUACUUGGUGUUACACACUUCUUUGAUUUAUCUGAGAUAUCAUCUAAUGCUAGCAGAAUUUGCAAGACAACACAUUAUGACCCAAGAUGUGUUGUCAGUUCUAUUGCACUUAGUUCUUUAGUGGCAUUAAUUCUCCAGGGUCGAUAUGAUCUCAAGACCAAGUCUUCAUUGGAAGAAUUGAUUGACAAAGUCAAAGGAAUGAGUGAAGCGCUACUAAAGGAGAUUCAUCAUCAAAAGGACUACAACCAUUACUUCAAGUGUCAAACAUGGGAUGAUUUGGAACUUUGUGAACCAAGGAUGAUUGACUACACAUUCAAAACACUUGGUGCUGGGCUGGUUGCUUUGCGUUCUAUGAAAGACUUCAAGACUGCCAUAACAGAGCUUAUCAUGCAAGGAGGACAUGCCACUUGCAAUGCCUCUGUAGCAGGUGCCUUGCUUGGCUGUAAAUAUGGAUAUUCUGAGCUUCCUAAAGACUGGUUAGAAGGCUUGCUGCCCAAACAAGUGACUUGGCUCAAUAGAAAAGUGAAUGCUUUGCUGGAUAUGAUGGCAUUGCCUUGAUAAAGACUAAUAAUCUAUAAUAAUUAAUGAUGUGCAACCACAUCACCAAGAGUCCCAUAAGAAAUUAACAAUAUUGCUAUCAAURCCAUGUUGCCUGGUGAAGGAACAAAAGAAGGUUAUGAGGGAUGCUGAGUUUUUUUUAUCUAACAGAUGCUGAUAAUGACGUACAGUCAACGUCACGAAAUUACCAUUUAAUACGUCAUGAUCUUAGAAAAUGUAUUCUUCAUUUUAUAACGUUUUUUUAAAAAGAUAAUCUAUAUCAAAUGGAUUUGUAAUUAUUGGAUUUCAAGCUGACUACAAUUUUAAUGACAGUUUGACUACUAUUUUUCUGUUAACGUUUCUUGCAAUGUAUUCUCCUGGGAAGAGACGGAAUUCUUUCAGAAUAUUCCAUUUAAYACUGCAGAGCAGGGCGGAAAAGAUUUGGUGUCAUCCAGAAUUAUCAAUCAAUUGAAAAAAUAUGAUUUCAAUUUAGGUCUUUAGGUAAUUUAUAAGAAAUYUAUUUUCAUAAAUCAUUUGGUUGCCAACUCGAUUAAAGAUAUGAAUUAAUCGGCUCGGUUCGCUCGGUCCUAGUCGUUUAAAAUAUUCUUAAGAAUUAUGGAUUGAAAGUUAUUAUAUAUACAAAAAGGAUGUAUUAUAAUCAGACUUACUGUAAUUUUAAAAGCUAUUUUUAUUCWAGUGGAUAAUAUUAAAAUGGUAAUUGAGAAAAUGCGUUUUU